AUGGAGCCUUCCAAGCAGUGCCAGUGCUGGAUGCGGGAGCAUGGGCACUCCGCAUCAGGUUUCUUCGGCUGCGCGCACUUCCUCGUCACGCACUCGCUUGACACAACGGUGAUCUGGCGACUGGACCGUUUAUGGCGGGUUGCUGCGGCAGCAGCUGCUGGGGGAUGCAAGCAGGAUCCCCAGAAACCACUGGACGUCCGUCAGACGAACGAAAGUCCGUCGCAGCUGUCGGAAUGCAGAGCCGAGCUCUGGUUGAAGAACUCGAAAGCGGUGCAGCGGGACGAAGCCAAAGCAUGCUUCGCCAUCGUGGGGGAGUACUUGCCAGGUCGUCGACACCCAGGAUACCGCCCUGACGAUUUCAAGGGCGGGGUUGCAUUGGUGAGAGACAGCAGCGGGUUGCUGGUCCUUACUGUGGCUCGUGGCCCUGACAUUCAUGUCUAUGCCAUCAGCCCCAACUGCCUGGAUGUCGUGCCGGUGUCGGUAGUUGGCACAAUCACCUUCAGCCUCGAUUCUUCCCUCGAGUUGGUCUUCCCAAAGGAAGGCAGCCGUUUCCGCGGAUUGAGGGCCAGGUUCGAGCCACAGGGCAGGAGAUCGUCCUCUGCAGAGCAGGAUGGGCAGAAGAGCAAAGACUCUCCUGCAAGGGCGAAAUCACCAAGCGCGACUUCGCCGAGUUCUGAACCCAGGGCAGAGGCGAAGAUUCGCAUUGGAAAGCACCAGGGCUGCACACCCCGGGGCGGCCAAAGUACGAAACAUGGAACUGGCAGCCCUACAAGUAGCCGUCAGGCCUCGUCGCGAAAUCCGGUGCUUCCUGCAUCUGGCCGAGCAAGUCCCCGCUGUGGGUGUUCGUGCAGGGUACCAAAAAGAUGGUCGACGGCCGGCCUCUGCCGUUCUGGACAAGCAGCGGCCACUUGCCAGCCAAGGGAACAGCAGGACACCCUCAUGUGUGAGACCAGCAUCGGCACCGAGAGCUUGCAUCGUGGAGAACAUCCACGAAAGAGCACAGGGCCAGGGCCCAUGGCAAGCGGCAGAAGCCGCCCGACUGGAUCUCGACGCGAGCCUUCAGCCAUCAACCUUUCCAUCAGCGCCGCAAGUCCGACAACCCACAUCAGCCUGCCGAAAGCGGUGGGUCGAGAUGUGAAGGUGGCAGCGUCGCAAGGCGCCCGAGCACUCUGCCACCAAUCUUCCUGCAAGAACAGCGUUGAUCGCCGUCGCCCGGGCGUGUCAAAGAAGCUGGUAGAAACCCCUUCACGGCAGCCCGCGAGCGUGACAAUGACUGGCGUCGGCACCUCCCGCCCAAGCAGCUACGUGCCUUCUCGGCAGACACCCCAUGCAGUGCCAGCUCGACCGACAUCCAUGACCUCGCAGUACACUCCCCACAUUCCAAUCCCAAAAAAUGCCCGUGGCAACGCCCAGCGGGCUUGCGCUCCAGGUGAAAGAGCCGCAGCCGUGGCUGCAAGGUCUCUGCUCGUCCCCAAGUUUUUGCGUGGCAAGGAUUUGGCAACCAGUGGUCCCAGUGCCGGUGCAAGUUGCAACGCCGAUGGUGAGGGUUAG